CAGUGAACCAUCUAGAAACAGGCCAUGGCAGUGAAAUGUUGUACCAACGGCCAUCUAAUUUUAAUUGUCACUGAGGAUAGUGAAGAAAUAAUUAGAUGGAUGAAGGUGCAGAAGCAAAAGCAAAAACGGGUGAGUAGGAAUUUAAGAGAGAAAGUGAAUGCAGCCAUCCUGAUCCAGGCCUGGUGGAGAGGCACCCUGGUACGCCGCACACUGCUGCACGCGGCCCUCCGGGCCUGGAUUAUUCAGUGCUGGUGGCGACAGAUCUUAAUGCAACUACUGGAGAAGAGGCGGCGGGCAGCGCUGAUGGACUAUGCAACCAGAGAAAGGGCAGUGGUCAAGCUCCAGUCUCUGGUUCGUAUGUGGCGCAUCCACUGGCGAUACUGCCAGGUGCUUAAUGCCAUCUAUGUCAUCCAGUGCCACUGGCAAUGCCACAACUGCCAGACCUGUGCCUUCCUGCGGGGCCACUGUGUGGUCACUGCCACCCACCUGCAGUUCCACAUUGAGAUCAUCAACUAA